GGCUACUCGUGGCUGGAGUUCUUUGCGGGGAGUGCAAGGUGCACUUCAAAGGAGAUGCUUCCAAAGCCUCGGUGGUUGAGGCCAACCGAAUGCUGGAGAGGUGCUCUUUAUUAUUGCUGUUAACAACUGCUCUCGGCGGGUGCUGGAUACUGGAGCAACCGGGAAAUUCAAUUCUCGGAUAUUACCCGGCCUUUCGCUACGUGCUCAUGAAGCUUAUUGAAAUCCAUGGGAGCGCAGCAGUCAGCCGCGUGGGAUGGUGGAUGGGGUCUUUUGGUGCUGCUACUGCGAAAAGGCAAUGUGCCUAUUCAAAUUCAUCCGUCAUCCGGCGUAUUGACAAAGGCAAGCUACACGUCAUCCGCAAGGUUGAGAAGAAAGCAGUCACUGCAGUUCGCUAUCAGAACAAUUCGGGCAAGUGGUGUUGGCAAGGCGCAGCAGCUCUCAAGUCUACGGAGACUUAUCCAGAGGCAUUUGCCUCCGGCAUUGCCGAGAUCUUUCAUGACCUCGCAUCAAGCGCCCGAGGUUGCCCAGAACUGCCACGGAAGCUUCCUUCAGCCCUGGAGUUGUUUCAACAGAAUCAGACAGCCCCUGAAGUAGCUGAACUGUUCGAGUUUGCUGAGCUAGAUUCCCCGUAUGCUUCUUUGAGGGGUGGCAAAUCGCUUCGAAUCCCCCCUGAGUGGAAACCACUCUUUCCUGUAAAGGAUGGAAUCUCUGAAUGCCGGCCCGAAGUGUCCCGAAAGAGAGCCCGAAAGGGUUGA